UCCAGCGCAGUUAGUGCAAUUAUAAAUUAAAUGAGAAAGUUAAUUUUGAAUUAAAUAAAUUGACUCCAAUUUUUUUUAAUUUAUUGGUUAAGAAUAAAUCAGUGUUAACUUUUAAAAUCAAUGUAAAGAUUUGUGUUGUCAGUUGUCAACGUAUAUUCCUUCAUUUCUGUACUUAACCUAGUUUGAAAUAAAGCAAAAAAUGGUUUUAACUAAAGAGUAUAGGAUAUGCAUGCCAAUGACCGUUGAGGAGUAUCAAAUUGGUCAACUUUACAUGAUUGCAAGACACAGUCUGGAACAAUCUGGUGAUGGAGAAGGAGUAGAAGUUGUAGAAAAUAAAGAGUGUGUAGAUGAGCAACAUGGAACGGGCCAAUUUACCGAGAAAAGAAUACAUCUGUCUAGCCGUCUUCCAUAUUGGGUCCAGGCUAUUAUUCCAAAGAUCUUCUAUGUAACUGAAAAAGCCUGGAACUAUUAUCCUUUUACAAUCACUGAAUAUACGUGUUCGUUUAUUCCAAGGUUUAAUAUAUCCAUUGAGACGAAAUAUGAAAAUAAUAAUGGAUGUACAGAAAAUUGUCUGAAUUUAACACCAGAGCAAUUAGCUGAACGAAUCGUUGACCACAUAGACAUUGCAUAUGAUGAGGUUUCAGCCAAACACUAUAAAGAAGAGGAAGACCCACGUUUCUUCAAGUCCAAAAAGACUCAUAGAGGCCCCUUGGUGGACGGUUGGAGAAGUAAUUACCAACCAAUAAUGUGUUCCUACAAGUUGGUGCAUGCCUCUUUCGAAGUGUUCGGUUUGCAAACUAAAGUGGAAGAAUUUGUGCAUUCAUGUGUCCGGGAAGUACUACUUCUUGGCCACCGACAAGCUUUCGCUUGGAUCGACGAGUGGAUAGAAAUGAAUAUGGACGAUGUGAGAAAAUAUGAGGCGCAACUACAGCACCAAACGAAUUCUUUGUUGCAGCAGAGUGUUCCUAAUAAUACCGAUUCUCCAGGUACACCAGAUCUGUUGGCUGCAGACUUGAAUCCUUCCUUGACUGGCAGCCCUCCUCUUACCCCGAAAUCUCCCUCUAAAAGAGGGUACUUCUCCUGGUUUUAGUCCUAAGAUGUGCAAUUUUAUUUAUUACGAUUAUAUGUAUUUAUUUUGUUUACUGUUAGCUUUGCAAUAUAAAAUCUUAAAAUGUCGUGAAAGUGUGUUUCGACUAUUGAAUUGUUGGUGCUUAAAUUAGUACAGAACCUUCAUUUUCUUUAGAACAGUAACUUUAUUUCCUUCAAGUUGGCAAUUAGAUUUUGGUAAAAAAUAUUAAAACAAGAUCAAGAUUAUAUUAAAAAACAACAUUCUGUUCCAUCGGCUGUGAUU